AUGGUGCGCAAGCUCAAGUAUCACGAGCAGAAGCUCCUGCGCAAGACCGACUUCUUCACAUACAAGCAAGACGACGGCCACCGCGACAAGCUCGUCCGCCGGCGGUACAUGAUCCAGAAGCCCGAGGACUACCACAAAUAUAACCGUCUCUGCGGCUCCAUCCGCCAACUCGCCCACCGCCUCUCCCUCCUGCCCCCCGAAUCUCCCUUCCGCCGCAAACACGAAGACCUCCUCCUCCAGAAGCUCUACGACAUGGGCGUCCUCUCCUCCGCCUCCAAGCUCUCGGCUGUCGAGAACGCAGUCACAGUCAGCGCCUUUGCCCGCCGCCGCCUGCCCGUCGUCAUGACCCGCCUGCGCAUGGCCGAGACCGUCCAGGCCGCCACCAAGCUCAUCGAGCAGGGGCACGUCCGCGUCGGCACCGAGGAGGUGACCGACCCGGCGUUCUUGGUCACGCGGAAUAACGAGGACUUUGUCACGUGGGCGGUGGGCAGCAAGAUUAAGAGGAAUAUCAUGAAGUAUAGGGAUGAGCUGGACGAUUUCGAGCUUUUGUAA